UGAACCUCUGAAUACAUGAAGAUCUUCGCAUGUUUAUAUCACGGUAGAGUUUAUAUACACCAUGAUAAGUGCAAGUUAAAAAGUAAUUGAUAAUAAUAAGUUAAAUAUGCAACCUUCAACAGAUUCAGGCUCUGAUGAACAUACAGAGAAAAAAGCUACUGAAGCGACUCUAAAAAUCCCAUUCGAAACAGCAAAGAGUGCAGAAAUUGCAUACCGUGUGUUAAGUGUGGAUAAAGAACCACGUCGCAAUUUUGUCAAAAAGGAGCUCCUUUUAUUGGGUGAUCAAAUAGAAGUGCAUUUUGUUGCCGACCAAGUAAAAAAUCUUCGCACAGCAAUCACAUCAUUUUUUGGUGCUCUUCUACUUUGUACGGAUACAAUAAAAGAAUUUGAGCUAAAAAACUCUGACAACGACAAUGCCGGAGCACACGCCAGCGCCAACUCCACAUAG